AGAGUGGAGCCUUCUGUGAGACAUGGAUAGAUGCAAACAUGUAGGGCGGUUGCGGCUGGCCCAGGACCACUCCAUCCUGAACCCUCAGAAGUGGUGCUGUAGGGAAUGCACCACCACCGAGUCGGUGUGGGCUUGUCUCAAGUGCUCGCACGUGGCCUGCGGUCGCUACAUUGAGGACCACGCCCUGAAACACUUUGAAGAGACUGGACACCCACUAGCCAUGGAGGUCCGGGACCUCUAUGUGUUCUGUUACCUGUGCAAGGACUACGUGCUCAAUGAUAACCCGGAGGGGGACCUGAAGCUGCUGAGAAGCGCUCUCCUGGCGGUCAGGGGCCAGAAGCAGGACCUGCCGGGGAGGCGAGGUCGGACUCUGCGGUCCAUGGCCUCGGGCGAGGACACGUCCCCGCCGCCACGCACUCCUCAGGGACAGCCGCAGAUGCUCAGGGCUCUGUGGUACCGGCGCCAGCGCCUGCUGGCCAAGACGCUGCGGCUCUGGUUUGAGAAGAGCUCCCGCGGCCAGGCAAGACUGGAGGAGCAGCGGCGGGAGGAGGCCCUGGAGCGCAAGAAGGCGGUGGCUCCGGGCGUCACUGGCCUGCGCAACCUGGGCAACACCUGCUACAUGAACUCCAUCCUGCAGGUGCUCAGCCACCUCCAGAAGUUCCGAGAGUGUUUCCUGAACCUCGACCCUUCCAAAACGGAACAGCUCUUUAACAGAGCCGCCAACGGGAAGGCCCCGCUCGCGGGCAGGCUGGCCAGCAGCUCAGCCACCGAGCUGUCGCCAAGGAGCCACAGGGCUGAGUCUUGCGAGCGGGAUGGGCUCUUCUGGAAUGGCGGCGCCUCCAUCACCAAGAGCCUAGAACUCAUCCAGAACAAGGAGCCCGGCUCAAAGCACAUCUCCCUCUGCCAUGAACUGCACACCCUUUUCCGAGUCAUGUGGUCCGGGAAGUGGGCCCUGGUGUCACCCUUCGCCAUGCUUCACUCCGUAUGGAGUCUGAUCCCUGCCUUCCGCGGCUACGACCAGCAGGACGCUCAGGAGUUUCUCUGCGAGCUGUUGCACAAAGUGCAGCAGGAACUCGAGUCGGAGGGCACAACGCGCCGGAUCCUCAUCCCCUUCUCCCAGAGGAAGCUCACCAAACAGGUCUUAAAGGUGGUGAACACCAUAUUCCACGGGCAGCUACUCAGUCAGGUCACAUGUAUAUCAUGCAAUUACAAAUCCAACACCAUUGAGCCCUUUUGGGAUCUGUCCCUGGAAUUCCCUGAACGCUAUCACUGCAUAGAAAAGGGGUUUGUCCCUUUGAAUCAGACAGAGUGCCUGCUCACUGAGAUGCUGGCCAAGUUCACAGAGACAGAGGCCCUGGAAGGGAGAGUCUACGCUUGUGACCAGUGUAACAGCAAACGACGAAAAUCCAAUCCAAAACCCCUUGUUCUGAGUGAAGCUAGAAAGCAGUUAAUGAUCUACAGACUACCUCAGGUCCUCCGGCUGCACCUUAAAAGAUUCAGGUGGUCUGGCCGUAAUCAUCGAGAGAAGAUUGGGGUCCAUGUCGUCUUUGACCAGGUAUUAACCAUGGAACCUUACUGCUGCAGGGACAUGCUCUCCUCUCUUGACAAAGAGACCUUUGCCUAUGAUCUCUCCGCAGUGGUCAUGCAUCACGGGAAAGGGUUUGGCUCAGGACACUACACAGCCUAUUGCUACAACACAGAGGGAGGUUUUUGGGUCCACUGCAAUGACUCAAAGCUGAAUGUAUGCAAUGUCGAGGACGUGUGCAAAACUCAAGCCUACAUCCUCUUUUACACUCAAAGAACAGUUCAGGGCCAUGCAAAAACCCCCGAAACCCACCUCCAAGCUCAGGUGCAGCCCAGCAACAACCACGAGGGCAGACCACGGACCUUCCCCUGAAAGGGAGGCACAGAUCACAGACUGGCUUGCUUUUAAACUAUUGGUGUCGGUACAUCUUUCCUGAUAGGAAAUGAGGUUUACUGCAGGAACAGGUUACUGGGUUUGCCUUACUGGGUCUAGAGCAGAGGUAGCAGGUGACUCAUAUGCUAUCAUAAAAUAUGUAGUCACUUUGUUUUGAAUGGAUUUGGAAAGUCCCUCCUUUGAUAAAACAAAUCAAAAGUAGUAACUUGUAUGAAGCUUCAUCAGUUACUUCUGAAUAUAGAGGGAUCUGGGUAGAGCAAAAAGGGAGUAAGCUGAUCACAUCCAGCCAGGAGAGCAGCCAUGUUUUCUUUCCAUUAUGUGAUUCCCCUGCUAAUCAGGGCCUCCUUGCAGCACCAGAAGAAUCCUCCUGAUGUAAGCAGCCCAGGACAAAGCACAUGAGGGGGGCCCUGGGCUAGCAGCUUUCCUGAUGGGAUUGGUUCCGAGGCAGCAGGUGAAGUCUAAGGAAUUGUUCCUACAAAGGAAGUUAUCUUCAGGGGUUGAAAACUUGCAGACUUAAAGAGUGGAAUGAGAUGCAUGGAGCAAAUUUCCCCAUGCAAAAUGGGAGGUUUUUCACGUGUCAUACCUUCCCUGGGGCUUCUGAGACUGGCAUGAACAUCCCUUCAUUCUAAAGGAGAGGUUCAUAUAGGGAAGCAAUAAACCGGCUCGGGACAUGUUCUGUGUAGCCUAAGGACACUCCUGGCUACUCAGUUCGGUAGUGAAUCCCUGGUUCAGGUCAAGGUCUAGGACAGUGGUUCUCAACCUUGGCUGCACAUUACAAUCACCUGGGAAUCUU